CUUCAAAGGGGGAUUAUCAGUGCUUACUAUGUCAGGGCUAGCUGGGGUGUGGCCCCAGCGCGGUUGUCAGACGGGAGAAAGCCUCUGAGCGUGAUAGCUCUAGCUGGCAAUCAAGACUGUACAUGGCUUGUCACUUCGUCCUGGACAAGUUACAGCUUGCCGGUGGCGGGGGUGCUCUCCAUUGAGAAGGAGGAGGAGUCUGCAUACCCCUCUUGCAUUCCUUUGUGUUGCUGGGUUUGAUACCUACUAACAUUUGUACAUGUAUUCUACGUUGUGAGGAGUGAGUGAGUGAGGGAGUGAGUGAGAAGGGGUUGGUGGGGUAAGUUGGUGAGAUGGGGACGGAGUCACUGCAGAACGAAGCCCCACGGACUUGAUGAGACCGCUGCGUCGCUUGAGGGUGAUUAUACAGUGCCACAGACAUGACACGGGCGUCAUUUCCAUGUCCGUUGCUGUUGUAUGUCAUGGGUCUCUGCAGCAGGGCAGUGUGCAGCGCAGAUUAGACGUAUGCAUGGUGUUGAAGACGAAUACCAACGACGCUAUGGGUAUUGUGUUUAACAGGUUUAAAGCUGAGGGACUGGAGAAGUGAUUGGGAGUGAAUAGGAGUGAAUGAAGGGGGUCUUAGUUGUUGCUACAGAGCUGCACUCAUUUCUUGCUAUAAACCCCCUGACAGCGGAGUUAUAGUGCGCUUGUGUGUUGAUUAACCCUCGUCUUCUUUUCCUAAUCGAACUCCCUUUAAUCUGCAUAAUGACGUGCUGCUGCGAGGGUAGAACAUUUCUGGCACUUUUGGAUUGCUGGUGAGGCCUCCUUUUAUGCCGGAUCAGCUAUCUUUGCCCUGAAGACACCAAGUGCACACAAUAGACUAGUAGAGUAUGUACCAACUCUUCUUUCGAGAAAGGUUGGCGACUUUGAAACGGUCCAGCGCCUGUGAUGGAGUUGAGCUGGAGAAUGACAAGGGAAGACUGUCGUGUUUGGUGCUCAAUCGGUGAUCACUCUGAACUUGAACCAGGAUCAUGGCAACCUACAGUUAGAAGACUUCGAUUUUGGAGACUGCAGAAUCUGGACCCUUGAUCUGUAGAUACUGGAGUAGGUGUGUUUACUGGAAUUGUACCGUGACCAAACGCCUGUCAUUUUGAGAAAAGAGAGAUGAGCGUAUUUACAAAUGAAUGAAGAAGUGAGUGUGGGGAUCGACAAGUGAUAGAAAACGGGUAAAUUAGCCCUACAAUGAGUACAAUUACAACAAUCAAGAGAAAAGGAGCUGCCACCAAUGGGGAGAAGAGUUAGCCACAAGGUGUGCAUGCCAGGCCCUGCUGCUGGAGUUCAGCAAUGGCUAUGGCGAGCAUUCACGUUACUCCAAGUUCUGACUCUCUUCACCAGUGUUUGUAGCCUUGACGGAAAUCCUGAAGUUAGAUCUUUGGCUGCAAUAAAGCAAGCGUUCGAGGAUCCUGAGAAUGUACUUGCCUCAUGGGAUCCGAACUAUUUGUCACCGUGCACCUUCGCCUUUGUGGAGUGUGAUGCUAACCAUUCUGUCUAUGGCUUGGCGCUUCCUUCGCAUAGUUUAUCUGGAAGUUUGUCCCCUCUCAUCGGAAGCCUCCCAAAUCUUCAGCGCCUGAUAAUCACUAACAAUUCGAUAUCCGGCCCGUUACCGUCGGAGGUCGGGAAUCUUUCAAAGCUUAUGGUUUUGGACUUGUCCAGAAAUGCCUUAUCUGGUGCAAUUCCUCGUGCUCUUGCCAACUUGACAAGCCUUGUAACUUUAAAUCUGGGAAGGAAUCACUUCAACGGAAGCUUUCCAGUAUUCGUUUCCAAUAUGCCCUCCUUACUCUCAGUGGAUGUUUCAUACAACAACUUGUCGGGCUUUGUGCCUAAUCAGACUUUGAAGAACUUGAUGGCGGAUGGCAAUCCGAGUUUGUGCGGAUGGGCCAUAAGGAAAGAGUGUCCCGGUGACCCUCCACUGCCCAAUCCUGCAAAUAUAAAUAUUAUCGAUAGCAGAAAUAAAAGAUCAAACACUUCGGCUGUGGCGGCUGGUUUAUCAUUGGGAGCUGCAGUAUUAGUCGGAUCGUUUGUGCUGGGAUUUUUAUGGUGGCGUCGCCGCAACGCUAAACAAAUUUUCUUUGAUGUGAAUGAGCAACAAGACCCAGACGUGCUGCUAGGUCAGCUCAAGAAAUUUUCAUUUCGAGAGCUUCAGAUUGCAACUGAUAAUUUCAACACAAAGAAUAUACUCGGGAAGGGCGGCUUCGGGAAUGUUUACAAGGGUCAUCUGUCUGAUGGGACAAUUGUGGCUGUCAAGCGUUUAAAGGGCGAAGGCAGUCCUGGCCAUGAAAUGCAGUUCCAGACUGAAGUUGAAAUGAUCUCGCUGGCUGUACAUAGAAAUCUUCUGCGCCUGCGAGGCUUUUGCAUGACCCCUACUGAACGUCUGCUUGUUUAUCCGUAUAUGCCCAAUGGCAGUGUGGCAUCUCGUCUUCGAGAUACCGUUGCGGGCAAGCCAGCAUUAGAUUGGCCGACACGCAAGAACAUCGCCCUGGGAGCCGCUCGAGGACUACUCUAUCUGCACGUGCACUGUGACCCCAAGAUCAUACACCGGGAUGUGAAGGCAGCAAAUAUACUUCUUGAUGAAGAUUUUGAAGCUGUAGUCGGUGACUUUGGUCUGGCGAAAUUGUUGGACCAUCGAGACUCUCAUGUGACCACUGCAGUUCGUGGCACGGUUGGGCAUAUUGCACCAGAGUACCUCUCUACUGGCCAAUCUUCUGAAAAGACUGACGUCUUUGGUUAUGGCGUGCUCUUGCUCGAGCUCAUUACUGGCCAAAGAGCAUUUGAAUUCGGCCGGCUAUCGAGCCAGAACGACAUGAUGCUUCUUGACUGGGUCAAGAAACUUCAAACUGAGAAGAGACUAGAUUUAUUGGUAGACGCACAACUCAUGUCAGAGUACAAUUCACUCGAGCUGGAAGAGAUGGUGCAGGUGGCACUGCUGUGCACACAAGUCCUCCCCUCGGAGCGCCCCAAAAUGCUAGACGUUGCACGAAUGCUGGAGGGCGAUGGUCUGGCAGAGAGAUGGGAACAAUGGCGCGAAGUGGAGAACCGAAGGAGUAGGGAAGCGCUGCUCCCACGGAGGUAUUGUGAAUUAGUAGAGGAUUCUUCAUGGGACAUUGAAGCCAUUCAACUAUCAGGGCCCAGAUAGCAUGCAUCCAAGCCUUCAUUGUUCACUGUCAUGUUUUCAUGAUUAUUUUGACCAUUUUUAGAACACACAGUUGGAAGACUUGCAGGAAACCAGGCACAGAAGCCCUAAGAUGUGACCUAGUCCUCUUUUGUGUAUUCUUGCUAAAAGCAUACCAUUUUCCUUUAAAAGCUCAGAUCACUUCGUUCGCAACAGAAACUCAAGGUACAAUGAGAUGAGGUGGCAAUUGUUCCUGUAUCUUAAUUACCUUGAUUAUAUUACCUUGAUUUAUUUCGUUGUUAAGUUUCAAGA